CGCAAUCGUAUGCUCUCCCUCCUGGCUUUUCCUGUGUCAGCAACGAGGAUUCCUGAGACGCAUUCCAUCGCUCCGUCGCAGAAGAGCGACAGUCGGAGGGCCUCGCAGGGAGGUGGGGAUGCCAACCUGACUGGCUGCCCGCCGAUGCCUGAUCUGCCGCUAGACGGUGACCAGGGCCUGGCCGGGUCACGUAUACUUAGUACCGUACCGUAUGGUCAGCGGUCAGCACUGAUCUGAUCCAGAGACGACCUCUCGGUCGGACUGGACGCGACGAGGUUCGAGGAUGAUGAUACUCGACGUGAGUGCUCACGGCCUUGCAUACGUCACUGAUCAGGAUCUUAUCCUUCGAAUCUCGACAGGGAACCCUCCUGCAGAUGCAAGGUCUGGAGGGCAUCCUCCAUUGACGUAUCAGCGCGACAGGGGCAUUCAAGCAACCGCACGAUGAUGGAGGGCGUUCGACCUGUCCAGGAUCCUGUCUCCUGGGACUGAUAUCCGGAGUAUACAUUGCUCGACUCGCGACGGCACCAGCCCGGGAAUUACCCCGGAACUUACCGUGGCCCGUCCCUAUAAGCGCGUGGCAUUACUCCGUCUCGAAGAUGGAUGGAUGGCUGAUAUAAAUGAUAUUGUUCAGCUUCAACCUGCUGCCAC